AUGCCCGUCCCUAUUCAAAUGAUUCACAUCCACUACCGAGAGAAACGCCUCUCGCUGCUCGACUCGGACGACAUAACGCCUUUGUACACCCUGGUACGACUCCCUCAAGACUCAAAUCCCAACGUCGGUGGUGAUACCGGCAAUAGCACAGGCAUAUGCACCGCCGCAUUUGAAAAGCUGAGCAUGGACGUCGCCCUCUCCAUCCACGACCAGCCUGUCACUCUCCGGCGGCUCGAUAUCUUCUCGCGCACUUAUGCCUUUGAGAGCAUCGCUCUAGCAGGCACCGUCCUUCAUUGGGAGGCUGAUGGGGCUCUGACUGGUGACUUCAAACUUGUGAAUCAGCAUAAUAGCCAGGUGUUGGCUCGAUUCCAUAACAAGGUGUUUUCUGUCACGGAGGUUGGGUCCUUUGAAAUGGUCGGUCGUCUGUCUGAGAGACUGAAAGAGGAGAUUGUGAUCAGUGGGUUGGCGGUGCUCGUGAUGGUCCAGAGCUUGAACUUGGCUAGCAUGGUUUUGAUGGGCAAUCCUUGA